AUGUGGCGAAGGGCCAUGAAACGGUACAGGGGAGAGGACCAUCUAGGUAACUUCGAUUGCAUCAAUAUUUCUUGGGCGCUCCGAUCGCCUUCGCAAGAUGUCCUUUUUCACACUUCACUGAAGACUUACGCCCGGAGCUGCGCGGUGGUCUUUAUCCAGGAGCUGCCACUGGGAGCUGCCAACACCAAUGCGUCGAACCCAGAGCUUCCCGAGGAUGGUCAUGAGUUGAAUGCAGGCAACUAUCCACCGAUCUUGAAUUUUCCCUCCAUGAGAUCCGGGAGCUUGGAGACUCUAGGCUUCCUUCUCUGGGAAGGGGUCAUGGUAAAGGCGCUGCACGGGCGGAACGUGACUUCGCAGUUGAGCGGCCUUUUGUCGGGGCCAGUGGCCCUCUUCGAUGAAAGCCGGACCACUCUUGUCAUCUCCCCGAUGGACAACUUCAAACACUCGGUGCAUUUCUAUGAUGCAUCGCGGGGCAGUUGGGAUGUGGGCGUGUCCAGCGAGGUCACGGCUGUGCCCUCUGGAUUCACACAUCGCACGCUCCUGGUUGCAGAUGUUGGCAUCACAAGGGCCAUGGACAAGUUUGGCACGUUUCUUCGACAUGCCUACGGCACCUCGCGGCCUUUCUUGCAGUCUGACCCUGUUGUGAACUAUCUUUCCUACUGGACCGACAACGGUGCCUACUACUAUGGGGACCAGUGGAAGGAAGCCGGCGGCGGAGGAAAGACUUGCGGAGAAAGAUCCAUGCUGCAGGUGGCCCACGGGCUUGCCGAGAGCAAGUUGCUAGAGGCCGUCCAUAUAUGGCAGCUGGAUGACUGGUGGUAUCCUGGACAUGCGGCUGUGUAUGUGCACUGCGUCAAGGACUGGGUCCUGGGCAACAGUGGCUUUCGCCAUAGCCUCGGGGACCUCCACAAGGCACUUGGCAAACCCUGGCUGCUGUAUGUUCCUUUCUUCUGCAGGGAGAACGCUUAUACCGAUCGCUUCCGCUUCAUCAACGGAUCCCACGGCUCCACUGCCUUCGCCUUGCCGCAUCCCGAUGAUGCACCCAGCUUCUAUGGGAUGCUCUUCGACUACGGUAAAGCCGAGGGCAUGAGGAGCUUCGAACACGACUUCCUCAAUUUCAACUUUCUGGCCGUGCCACAUCUGCGGAAGACCUUUGGGGCGUCAAGGCUGUGGUUGCAGGCCAUGGACUCAGCUGCAGCGGAGCGAAGUUUGCCAGUCCAGCUGUGCAUGGCUCUGCCCAGCGACCUGCUUACAAGCCUGGAGUUCCGGAGCACCACGAACUAUCGGGCCAGUGAAGACUACGCUUCCAAGGGCAACUUCGACAUCGGUGGAAGCUCGCUGCUGGCCUUUGCUCUGGAUCUGCGGCCCUCGAAAGACAGCUUUUGGUCCCAGCGCCCCAGAAGCUCGCGAGAAACAGGUCUUCCCUGGGGUCCGCAGGACAACCCGGGGUCGAACUGUGAGCUGAACGCGCUCAUCGCGACGCUCUCCACCGGGCCGCUAGCAUUGGCGGACAAGGCCGGGGAAACAAACCACACGCUGCUGCUCCGAUGUAUGCGGCUCGACGGGCUCCUCUUGCAGCCAGAGAAGCCGGCGACGGCCAUCGACGCGGUCUUCACGCAGUCGCUGCAGGCCAGGGCAGUACCUGUUCCUGGAUUGAUCUGGAGCACCCUCAGCCGUCUGGAAGGUCAAUUCUGGCACUACGCCCUCUCCAUCGACCUCCACCAGCCUUGGCGAUUGCAGCCAGAGGAUUUCUAUCCUGAGAUAGACCUGGCCCGGAGAUGGGUGGCAAGGAGAUGGCACAGGGACCAUCAUGCGAAUGUGUGCGCGAACGGGUCGGACGCGGAAAGCUCCGGAUGUGUUUUCGGAGAGAUCCGGUCGGCAGACGACUUCCCUUCUAUCCUGAACGACCGUUCCCUCAUGGUUGAGAACGACACUCACCAUUUCGACUUGUGGCAGUUCGCCCCUGUCGAGGACAACGGCUGGGUCUUCCUGGGGGAGACAGGAAAAUAUGUGAGCGUCAGCAGCAAGCGCUUCAGUCGCGUGCGGCCCUUGCAACAUGGACUGCUCGUCACCUUGGCCGGAGUCAUCGGAGAGGAAGUUUGGCUGACCGCCCUGAUGCCCAAAAGAAAUGGUUGGACCGUGCUGGAGAAGCUUGUGAAGCUUGAGCAUACAGUGGCUGUUGUAGCUCUUUCUUCGGAGCCUUCCGAAUCCUUCGAAGAUGUCUUGCAAGUGUAA